AAAAUUUAUUUAAGUAUAUAGAAUACAGAUAGCGCUAUAAUAGAUCGAUGGGAUACGUUGGGCUUUCUUCAGUGCGUUUGUUUAUGAUCUUUGGUUAAUUUUCGUUUCGCUUGGUGUUACGUGUAAAUUUAAGAGGUUUAGUCAAAUAUUAGAAGAAAAAAACAUGGAAAGAUAUUCGGAAAGACGUUCGGAAAGAUAUUCGGAUAGGCAUUUGGAAAGACGUUCAGAGAGACGUUCGGAAAGACGUUCGGAGAGACAUUCGGAAAGACAUUCGGAUAGACGCUCUGAUAAGCAUUCGGAUAAAUAUUCGGAUAAAUAUUCGGAUAAAUAUCCAGAUAAAUAUUCGGAUAAACAUUCGGAUAAGCAUUCGGACAAACGAUCAGAAAAACAUUCGGAAAAAAGGCAUACAACAGAUACAAUGACGAACAAUCGGAAAAGAACUGUUGAUCUUCUGACAGCAAAAACAGGAGGGGCUUACAUACCACCUGCCAAACUACGUAUGAUGCAAGCAAAUAUUACAGAUAAGUCUGGUGCUGCUUAUCAACGUAUUGCUUGGGAGGCACUUAAAAAAUCUAUUCAUGGUUGUAUUAACAAAGUUAAUGUUAGCAAUAUUGGCCUUAUAACAAGAGAGCUUUUAAGAGAAAACAUUGUCAGAGGAAGAGGUUUAUUAGCUCGUUCUAUUAUACAAGCUCAAGCUGCUUCUCCAACUUUCACUCCUGUCUAUGCAGCAUUAACAGCUAUUAUUAAUUCUAAAUUUCCUAAUAUCGGAGAACUUAUACUCAAACGUCUUAUUAUACAGUUCAAACGUGGUUUUCGUAGAAAUGACAAACCUCUCUGUAUAUCAUCUGGAACAUUUGUCGCACAUCUUUUAAAUCAACGUGUAGCACAUGAAAUUUUACCUUUAGAAAUUCUAACAUUACUUGUAGAAACACCUACGGAUGAUUCUGUAGAAGUUGCUAUAGCAUUCUUAAAGGAAUGUGGAAUGAAAUUAACAGAAGUAUCUCGGAAAGGUAUUGAGGCCAUUUUUGAAAUGUUGAGAAAUAUAUUGCACGAGGGUCAAUUAGAUAAACGUGUACAAUAUAUGAUUGAAGUCAUGUUUCAAAUUCGAAAAGAUGGUUUCAAAGAUCAUCAAGCAGUUCCCCAGGAAUUAGAUCUUGUUGAAGAAGAAAAUCAAUUCACGCAUCUUAUACAAUUGGAUGAAGCAAUAGAUUCACAAGAUAUUUUAAAUGUUUUUAAGUUUGAUAGUGAUUAUGUGGCUAAUGAAGAAAAAUAUAAACAAUUAAGCAAAGAAAUUCUUGGUUCAGAUGAUAGUGAUUCUGAAGCUGGUGAGGAUGAUGAAGAAAGUUCAGACGAAGAUAGCAAUGCAGAGACUACAGAGGAGAAAGAAGGUGUUAUUGUAGAUAAUACAGAAACUAAUUUAACUGCUCUUAGGAGAACUAUUUAUUUAACUAUACAUUCUUCACUUGAUUUUGAAGAAUGUGCUCAUAAAUUAAUGAAAAUGCAGCUAAAACCAGGACAAGAAAUUGAGCUUUGUCAUAUGUUCUUAGAUUGUUGUGCAGAAAUGCGCACAUAUGAGAAGUUCUUUGGACUUUUAGCAGGACGAUUUUGUGCCAUUAACAAAAUUUAUGUGACACCAUUUGAACAAAUAUUUCAAGAUUCUUAUCAUACGAUACAUCGAUUAGAUACUAAUAAGUUACGAAAUGUAUCAAAAUUCUUUGCUCAUUUAUUAUUUACCGAUUCCAUAUCAUGGGAAGUUUUGUCAUGUAUAAAAUUAAAUGAAGAAGAUACUACGAGUUCAAAUAGAAUAUUUAUCAAAAUAUUAUUCCAAGAACUAUCUGAAUAUAUGGGUCUUUCGAAGCUCAAUCAAAGAGUUAAAGAUGUGACAUUGCAAGAAGCAUUUAGCGGAUUGUUUCCUAGGGACAAUCCAAAAAAUACACGUUUUGCUAUUAAUUUUUUCACGUCUAUUGGUUUAGGAGGUUUAACAGAUGAUUUAAGAGAACAUCUUAAAUCGUGAUUAUAAAUUUUCAAAAUAUACAUAAUGAUUUCAUGUAGUAUAUCCUAAUUCAUAAGAUAAAAACAAAAUUGUAAUAUAAACUAAUAAAUAUUUAUAUAAGUCA